AUGUCGGAGCCAUUCAUCGUUAAGAAGAUUGAUGAUGAAGAAGAAGCGACCCUUCAUGAUUAUGAUUCCGAUAGUAAUCCACAGGGCAAUACAUCUUUCUCCAAGACUUGUUUCCAUGGCAUUAACGCUUUAUCAGGUGUGGGUAUAUUAUCGGUCCCUUAUGCUUUAGCAUCCGGAGGAUGGCUAACUUUGAUCAUACUCUUCACCGUAGCCAUCACAACUUUCUAUUGUGCCAUUCUCAUAAAGAGAUGUAUGGACAUGGAUCCACUUCUUAGAACUUACCCUGACAUUGGCUACAAAGCAUUUGGAAACACAGGACGUAUCAUUGUCUCUAUCUUCAUGAACCUCGAGCUUUACCUAGUUGCGACUAGUUUCCUGAUCCUAGAAGGUGACAACCUCAAUAAACUCUUCUCAAACGUUGGAUUCAACUUCAUGGGUAUCGAAUUCGGAGGCAAGCAAAUGUUCAUUGUCCUUGUAGCUCUCAUUAUUCUUCCCUCGGUUUGGUUAGACAAUAUUAAGAUUCUUUCGUAUGUUUCCGCGAGUGGUGUCUUUGCUUCCGGGUUGAUUCUUGCUUCUAUCUUUUGGGUUGGAGCUUUUGAAGGAGUAGGGUUUAAGAACAAUGACUCAGAGAUCUUUCGCCUUAAUGGAGUUGCGACUUCCGUGAGCUUAUACGCCUUUUGCUAUUGCGCUCACCCGGUUUUCCCAACUCUAUACACUUCCAUGAAGAACAAACGCCAAUUCUCAAACGUUAUGGUUAUAUGUUUCACAAUAUGCACAUUCAUAUAUGCAUCAGUGGCGAUAUUGGGUUACUUAAUGUAUGGAUCAAAUGUUGAAUCACAAAUAACAUUGAAUCUUCCGACCGAUAAGUUAAGUUCAAAGGUGGCGAUAUGGACUACAUUGGUGAACCCUAUUGCUAAGUUUGCUCUCAUGGUUACGCCUAUCACCGACGCAAUGAGAAGCCGGUUUUCUCGGUUUUUGCCUAACAAAAGAACCGCCGGUUUACUUCUGAGUACGAUGUUGGUCACUAGCAAUGUGAUUGUGGCAUUACUUAUUCCGUUUUUCGGUGAUCUCAUGAGUUUAGUCGGAGCAUUCUUGAGCGCAACUGCAUCAGUUAUAUUGCCAUGUUUGUGUUACCUAAAGAUCUCUGGCAAAUACCGAAGCCUCGGUUUCGAAACACUGGUUCUCAUCGGUAUUAUACUAACCGGUAUCGUGGUUGUGAUAACCGGAACUUACCAAGCUGUGAAGGACAUUUUUGGCCGGUUUUGA